UUUCAAACCGAGCAGGUCCCGUUAUCACCUCCAGACGGGGACCGGGGCUGCUCCGCCGCUGCAGCCGCGGGAGGCUACUUCCGUUCCGCAGAGGGCGACAGGCAGCAGCCAGCGAGACUGUGGCGGAGCUCCAGACACAAUAGACGGGGUUCCGGCUCUUCUUCAAUCCAAACCGGUAUGUCGGAUGAGGAUUCCCGUGCCAGCACCAGCUCUUCCUCGUCACCACCUUCCUCCAGCCAAACCAGACAGAGGGACACGCCUUGUAAGAAGAAACGGGAGAGCAAAGCCAGCAUGAGCAAGACCUCCAAGCUGCUUUCCACCAGCGCCAAAAGGAUUCAGAAAGAGCUGGCUGACAUUACACUGGACCCUCCGCCGAACUGCAGUGCUGGCCCCAAAGGAGACAACAUCUAUGAGUGGAGGUCGACCAUCCUGGGACCACCGGGCUCCGUGUACGAGGGAGGCGUCUUCUUCCUGGACAUCGCCUUCACACCUGACUACCCCUUCAAACCCCCCAAGGUGACGUUUCGCACGAGGAUCUAUCACUGCAACAUCAACAGUCAGGGGGUGAUCUGCCUGGACAUCCUGAAGGACAACUGGAGCCCCGCCCUCACCAUCUCCAAGGUGCUGCUGUCCAUCUGCUCCCUGCUCACAGACUGUAACCCAGCGGAUCCCCUGGUGGGAAGCAUCGCCACCCAGUACACGACUAACAGAGCGGAACAUGACCGAACAGCCAAACAGUGGACAAAGCGAUACGCCACAUAAACCCACAGCAGCGGGAGGAGGAGGAGGAGGGGUGGUCUGUGUUGGGGGGGUUAUUUCUAUCUCAGAUUUUUAGUACUUUAUUGUCUGGUCUAUUUUUUGCUUCCUGAUUAAGUUAUCUCCGCAAAUAUGGUAAUAAAGGAACACAAUGGAAAGGAA